AUGAGUUACUAUACCAGUAACACAGCACCAUUAGGCUACGGAAACUACAAUCCAGGAAUUGGCCAGAGAUCUGGCAUCAACCACUUGCAACAGCCUCAGAUUCCGGGAAUCCAAUCCCUGAAUGCCCCGCAGUCCGAACAGGCUGCAGCAGCUGCUGCUGCUGCACAACAACAUGGCCGUCAAGGACAAGCCAGACAGGUACAGCCAGAUGAGUUGAAGACAUCAUCAGCCGAUACUCCAAAAAAAGAACGUAAAAACAGACCAGGCAUGAAGUUCGGUGCGAAGAAGAAGUCCUGGGUAUGGUCGUGGUUUGUUCAAGACAACAGUGAUCCCAACAUUGCAGCCUGUGACUACUGUGGAAAGAUUAUUAUCAGAUUGGCUUCAGAUAAAGGCUCACCCAAAAAGCUAAGCGAACAUUUGCGUACUCACAAGUUGAACAAAGACACCAUAAACUAUUCGCGUUCGGUACCUAUCGACGGCUAUGGAGUUACCUUCACCAACUCCGGAGAACCCAUCAACUACCCAUCCAAUUACGAGCAGGCUCCACAAUCUACACAGACCAGUGCCGCAGGUUCCGUGGCUGGCAACGCUGUAGCACUCGAUGAUGACAAGAGAAGAUCGGCUCCUCCCAAAACGAAACAAGCCGACUUCAAUACUGUUGCCUCAGCUCCAAAGCGGUUCCUCUCGGCCGAGUUCGACAACUCUCCUUAUACGUCGAUGAAGUUCCACCGUCACUUGAUGAAAUUCUUGACUGAAAACAAGUUACCCAUCAAUGCAAUCAAGUCUAAGUCUUUCCGCCAGUUGAUAUACGAUCUCCGUUCAGACUCCGUCAAUGACUUGUUGGAAUUGACCAACUUGUACAGCUCGUUGAUCGAAGUUAGUCGUUAUAGUGAUGGUCCUGGCAAUCCAGAUCCUGAAGCCAGUGCCGUAAAUGCCUUGGCGAAUGUUGUCGAAAACAAAAUGAAUAACUCUUAA